AUGGCAGCUUCCAUGCAAGAGUGUCGAGAUGUGUCGAGGCCGCGAAUCCGGGGGCCAGACGGGUACCCACGGUUUGGCAGCAAGGUGCACGACCUCCUCACGAAGGAGGCGGCCUUGGAUGUGCCGGCGUUGCAAGCAGAGCUUUCGGAGAAAGCCGAGGAGGCGUUGCGACGCGGCCACCACUGCGAUGCAUCCGUCUUUGAUGGUGAGGUGCUGUGCAUCAGCCUUCCUUCCUGCAGAUCGCGGCGGCGACACACAGAGAAGGAGCUGACAUGUUGGGGUUUCCCUGUGCCUCGCUUUGUGGAAGCUCUCGGCCCGAAUGAUGAGGAAGUGCUGCGGUGGUUCAACUCGCCGAGAGUUGCAAAGUUUCCACCGUGCUUCCGUUGUGGCUUGGUCACUGACUGCUGCUGCGCGAACAAUGAUAUGUUGCUGGAGCAGGUGGCGAACUGGCUGUCCUUCCGGAAGGCCUGGACAGAGAUCGCCAACUCUGCAAAGGAGUGGCAUUUGCUCGUGGAGGAUGAUGUCAAAUUCACGCACAAAGCGGCGGAAUGUUGGAACGAACUGGUCACGCCAGAGUUGCUGCAAGAGAACGCAGGUGAGCCCUGCUUGGUUCGCUGCGGAUGGCAGCUGGGACUUGAGUAUGUCGACGAGGAUCCACCAGAACUCCUGGAUGACGCCGUCCGGAUGUCGAACCACUGCUCCUUGCUCAACAGGGCCAUGGCGCAGGAGCUGCUACUGGGCAGCAACGAGCACAUCUCAGCUACUUCGGACGUCUACACUCACGAGGUGGUCGCCGUGAACUUCAACCACUUCACGAUGUUUCCUCCCAUUUCCUAUGAUUUAUCCUUCGCGCUGAAGGUCCCCUCGCUGAUAAGGCCCAAAGGCACCCAUCAAGAUGACAUUCGUCAUGCGAUGGCCGUGGAGAGGGCAAGGCGUGUCGAGCCACAUCGCAUUCGCGUUUGGCUUCAGACGCUUGAAGCUUGCGUUGCUGCCAGUACGUAG